AUGACUUCAAGAGCUCAUUCCACCGCUGGUUUUGAAAUCAGCCUAGCACCUCCACCCAAUCCUCCACACCCACAUCUCAAAAUCGAAAUCGACUCCGACGCACGCAUAUAUCCAUUUUGGUCCUGCGAUGGGGAAGAACACCAGGACUUCCCAAAAACCAUCAAACAAUAUUAUGAGCUCGAUUCAGAUAAACUCGACAGUCUGAUGGUGUUUUUUGAGCAAUUCCUUCCCCGAGCCACAGAAACUACAUCGUAUCCCAGGAUUGCUGAUACAUGGCUCAAGUGGGACUACAAAGAGAGCAGGUGGCUUCAAAGGACAAUCGAUAUAGAAACCAAGCGCUGCAUAUUCGGCGUGUUCAUCGGAUUGACUGGCGAGCUCGUGGAUCCCAGUCUCCCUAAUCCGCGGAGAUAUCAUGCAUCGCUUGACAAGCCGGCGCAAAAACCGAAACCCCCGCCAAAACCCUCCGGUAUAGCACCGUCAAAUGCAGGUAUUGUGCAUGCACAAAGCCGUGAUAAACCAAAGAAGGGGUUCUGGGCACUGUUCUGGUAA